UUUCAUAAACAUAUACGUAUAGAGAGAGAAAGAAGGAGAAUGUGUGAGAGUCUGAAGAGCGAAUACCAGUUGUGCGAAGAGAUCGGCCGCGGACGAUUCGGCGUCGUCUACCGCUGCUUCUCUCCGGUCUCCGGCGACUCCUUCGCCUGCAAAUCCAUCGAUAAACGUGAACUUUCCGAUCAGACUGAUCGCGAUUGCCUCGAAAAGGAGCCUAAGAUUUUGCAGCUCCUGAGCGCAAACCAUAACAUUCUCCAAAUCUACAAGGUCUUCGAGGACGAGAACUACCUCCACAUCAUCACUGAUCUCUGCGAUUCCUCCGAUCUCUACGAUCGUAUCUCGAAGCACACAUUUUCCGAGCCGGAGGCAGCUUCGAUUGUGAAGUCCUUGAUCGGUGCGAUCGCGUACUGUCACCGGUUGGGGAUCGCUCACCGCGAUAUCAAGCCGGACAACGUGUUGUUCGAUUCUCGGAACCGGUUGAAGCUCGCCGAUUUCGGAUCCGCGGAGUGGUUCGGAGUCGGCGAGGAUCGGACGAUGAGCGGAAUCGUCGGGACGCCGUACUAUGUUGCGCCGGAGGUGUUGUCCGGGAGGGACUACAAUGAGAAGGUUGAUGUGUGGAGUGCAGGUGUGAUUUUGUAUAUAAUGCUGGCUGGAUUCCCGCCGUUUUACGGUGAUUCUCCUGCGGAGACGUUCCAGGCGGUGUUGCGCGCCAAUCUCCGGUUUCCGACGAAGGCUUUCAGGUCGGUUUCGCCGGAAGCCAAAGAUCUGUUGAGAAAGAUGUUGUGCAAGGAUGUUUCCAGGAGAUUUUCAGCUGAGCAGGUUCUGAGACAUCCAUGGAUAAUCAAUGGAGGAGAGACUCGAUCGAUGACGGAUCUGAGCUGAAAAAUAACCAAAAACUACCUUGAGACUUUGCUGUAGAUACACCCACCAGCCAUCGUUGGUGUGGGUCCAAGAAGCCCAAGGUUGUUCCGGGCAUAGUUAAAGAGAGAAAUACAGAGAGGGGUAGAGAGAGAGUCUUUUCCCCCCUUUUUGGGUUUUGUGUAAAUCUCUGUGGAGAAUGUGAGACUGUAAAAAAAGUAUGCAUAUGCGAGAGAGAGUGAGUGAUAAAUAAAGUUUAGUGCGUAGUAGUGUAUGUAUAUCAGUAUAUGUAAUGGUAAUGUAAGAGGCUGUGAAUCUCAAUCCUCCUCUCUUUGCAAACCUUUUUCCUUUGUGUUUUUUUAAGUUAUAAAGGAUGAGGAAGUGAAGAUGUUUGUGUUGUGGUCGAUGAUAAAUCAAAAACUUUUCUUUUUUGGCUUAA